CCUUCACUACUGAGGUGCACGUCACUCUGGACUGCUGGUCAACAGGCUGGGAAUUCUCUUCAAGAAGUAGUUCUGCAGUGGCUUCUGGUGAACAUGAACAUCCUGCUAGUCCUGGGUCUCCUACAGUUGCUGGCUAUACCUGCCUUCACUCUGACACGGCCUACCCAUGACUACUGGGGAGAGUUUGGAGCCUAUGGGCCCUGCAGCCGCACCUGUGGCACAGGAGUGGCAAUGAGAACCAGGAAAUGCAUCACUUCAAGGACAGAUGGAGGACAUAACUGCAUAGGAUCCUCUAAGUCCUUCCGAACCUGUAACACACAUGAAUGUCCAGUUGGAUCCAAGGACUUCAGGGAGGAGCAGUGCUCCCAGUUUGACAGAAUGGACUUUCAGGGCAAACGUCACACAUGGGUGCCUUACUAUGGAGCAUCCAAUCCAUGUGAGCUGAACUGUGUCCCAAGAGGAGAAAACUUCUUCUACAGACACAGACCUGCAGUGGUAGAUGGGACACCAUGUUAUGUGGGCCGCUCUGACAUCUGUGUGGACGGCAUCUGCAGGAUACUGAUUCGUGGAGAGUUUAUGGGUUUGGAUGACGAUGCAAAUUCUGUACACUCCGCUGCUCCUGUUGCUGUCGCUCCUCACCCAAGGGAGACUCUGACAUACAUCUACAAAACUGGGGUCUACGGCGAGUGCUCAGCCACCUGCAAUGGAGGCAUGCAGUAUCGCAGCGUGGAGUGUUGGGUUCAGGACCCACGGAACCCCCGUGUGGUGGAAGAGUCUCACUGCAUUACCCAACGCCUGCAGAGGCCACAUAGUCAGCAGGCUUGCAAUAUGCAUCCAUGUGCUGCUGAGUACAGUGUCUCCAGCUUCAGUGUGUGCUCAGUGACCUGUGGGGAAGGCCAGCAGACAAGAGAGGUGGUCUGUGUGGGAUCAGGAGGUGAACAUCUGCCUGACCAUGCCUGUAGCGGACUGACACGACCUCCUUCUGUCCAGGCCUGCCGCAGGCCUGCCUGUCACACACACAUCACUUGGCAUGUGACUGACUAUGGACUGUGCACUAGAAGCUGUGGUGGUGGUGUGAGGGAGAGGAGGGUUAGCUGUUUUGAUACGGAUUUGAACCCUUACCCUGAGGCUAGGUGUGGAUUAGCCAGCAAACCUGCCUCUGUGGAGGCGUGCAACUCACAGCCGUGCCCUGGAGCACAACUGGUUCCAAGUGUACAGGAUCCAAGGGCACAUGAAAGCACCAUGAGAGGAUUUGUGCCCCAUGUUCCACGAGAUCCUUCAGCUUCCAGGCCACAGACAAACAUUGCAUAUGAUCCCUACCCUCCUGUGGUUGGCCCUCACUGUGCACAGUCAUUUUACGGCUGCUGUCCUGAUGGCCAUACCUCUGCCACUGGACCCAGAAAUGAGGGCUGCUUCCCAGAUGACUGUGUUCGUACCAGGUAUGGCUGUUGUUUGGAUGGGGUGACUCCAGCUCAAGGAUUUGGACGGGCUGGAUGCCCUGAAUCAACUGGUAAUAUGUGCGCCCUGCCUCGUGAUGAGGGUCCAUGUGAUACCUGGAAGGUUCGGUUCUACUAUGACUCGGUCACCAGCAAAUGUACCGAGUUCUGGUAUGGAAGCUGCCAGGGCAAUGCCAAUAAUUUUGUGUCCCUGGAGGCAUGCCAGAGAGAGUGUGGGGGUGUGGUGAGGGAGCCCCCACCCGCAUCUCGCAGUGGGACCCCAAGGAGAGGGCCACCCAGGAUUGCUCUGAGGGCAAGGGCAUAACCAUGAACACCACUAAUACCUCCAGUACAUAGGAUAACCAGGGUGCCCGCUCUAUGAACCUUAUUACUUAUUUGUACACACAUGAAGUAUACAUUUACAUAAAUGAAGACACACACAAACAUAUAUUGCAAAACUUACCACACCCUACAUUUCAUUUAAACAUCAGAGUUUACGUUAAAAAUAAUCUAGACAGCAUUAUAACUGGCAUAAUCACAGCUUUUAGUUCUGAUUUUAUUAUCUUUUUGAUCUUUGGGAUUAUGUUGAUGACACUCACUAAAUUCAUUUGUGUUUUUUCCUUAUGGUUCAGGACUACAAUAAAAUUAUGUCAGUGUGAUUACCCAAAUGAUUAAAUCACACAGCUAAUCAAUA